AUGGGGUGCAACACUCUCUGUCUCACACUGUUAGCCUUGUUCUCUACCUCCUACUGCCAACUACCAUGCACACUUAUUACCCCCAAUGUGUUGCGUGUGGAGAGCGAGGAGACCUUCGUGUUGGAUGCUCAAGGACACAACGUUGCCUUUGAUGCUGAUAUUUUGAUCCAGGAUUUUCCUCACAAGAAACUCACUCUUGCCCAGUCCAAAGUCUCUCUAAACAGUGGAAAUGGUUUCCUUGGGGUUGUACAAGCAACGGUUCCCUCUAGGGAAUUAUUGAAAGACCCCAAAAACAAACAAUAUGUGUAUAUUACUGUGAGAUCAAGCGCAUGUCAGCUGGAGAAGGUUGUCCUGUUGUCAUUUCACAGUGGAUACAUCUUUGUACAGACUGACAAGACCAUAUACACCCCAGGAUCUUUAGUUCUUUAUCGUAUUUACACUAUGAACUACAAACUGCAGCCUGUAUCCAAAGUUGUAAUCCUGGAAUUUCUGACUCCUGAUGGGAUCAUUGUGAAGAGAGAUUCAGUGUUCCAAGACAGCGCAUCUGGCAUUGUCUCUAAAUCUUACAAUCUGCCUGAUCUUGUGAGCUUGGGGACAUGGACCAUCUCUGCAAAGUAUGAAGAUUCUCCGCAGCAGAAUUACUCCACCAGUUUUGAAAUUAAAGAAUAUGUAUUACCUAGCUUUGAAGUUGAAUUGAAGACAUUUCAGAACUUUCUUUACAUUGACACUGAUGAGUUUUCUGUGGACAUUAAGGCUAGAUAUCUAUAUGGGAAACCCGUGGAAGGGAAGGCAUUUGUGCUGUUUGGGGUAAAAAAGGAUAAUAUAAAAACAAGCAUUCCAGAAUCUCUGACAAGGGUCGAGAUUUCAGAAGGUACAGGAAGUGCAACACUCAAGCGAGCAGACCUUGUGAGACUUUUCAAUAACCCUGAAGAUAUGCUGGAAUACACAUUGUAUGUUACGGCUACAGUCAUUACUGACUCAGGAAGCGACAUGGUGGAGACUGAGCUGGAAAAUAUUUUUAUUGUGUCUUCUCCUUACAAAAUUGAUUUCACUAAAGCAUCAAAAUACUUCAAACCUGGAAUGCCUUUUGACCUGACGGUGUUUGUCACAAACCCUGAUGGCUCUCCCGCAAAUCGUGUUCCAGUGGUGGCUCAACCAGGAAAUGUGGCAGGAACAACACAGAUUGAUGGAACUACGAAGUUGACACUGAACACAGGCUCAAAUAUGGCAUCUUUGCCAAUAACAGUGAAAACUACACAUCCAGCUUUACAUUCUGGACACCAGGCAUCUGCAUCCUUGACAGUUAUGCCCUACAGACCAUUAGGUGGGGGCGGAAAUUACCUGCACAUCAGUAUUGCUGGAUCACAGAUGAAACCUGGUGAAAAUGUCGCUGUGAACUUUAAUAUCCGAAAUGCUGAUCAAUCUGUUCAAAAUCAGAUCAAGAGCUUCGCUUACCUGAUCCUGAGCAAGGGAAGAAUUAUUAAAGUGGGUAGACAAGAGCGGUUCCUUGGGCAAGCACUUGUCACAAUGUCACUGACUGUUACUGAAGAGUUCAUACCGUCUUUUCGUAUUGUCGCAUAUUAUACAGUGGUCACAUCAGCUGGGCGUGAAAUUGUGUCUGACUCACUCUGGGUGGAUAUGAUUGAUACCUGUAUGGGAACGACACAGCUGGAGUUUCUUAAUGACAGAGGAAAUAAAGUGUAUCAACCUGGGACCUCCCUGAGAUUGAAGAUGAGGGCAGACCACAAGGCCUAUGUGGGAUUGGUGGCUGUUGAUAAAGGUGUCUAUGUGCUGAACAAGAAACAUAAGAUCUCACAAAAGAAGGUGUGGGAUUCUGUGGAGAAAACUGACAUUGGCUGCACUGCAGGAGGUGGUGCUGAUGGUGCAGGAGUAUUUUAUGAUGCCGGUCUGGCAGUACACACAAACUUCAGGAUAACAACUGCACAAAGAUCAGAACCAACCUGCCCAGUCCGUGCCCAGCGCAGACGCCGCUCUGUGGAGCUGAUUGAAAUAAAGGCCACAAAAGCAUCACACUACCAGGGAAACGUGAGAAAGUGCUGUUUGGACGGCAUGCAGGAGAAUCCCAUGGGUCACAGCUGUGAGCAGCGCUCCCGCUACAUCCUUGAUGGGAAAGAGUGUGCGGCUGCUUUUCUCGACUGCUGCAAAUACAUUAAGAAAAAGAGAGAAGAUGAUGCAAGGCUAAAAGAACACGAUUUGCUGGGAAGAAGUGACGAGGACAGUGAAUAUAUGGAUGAUGCUGAUAUUGUGUCCAGAACGGAGUUUCCUGAGAGCUGGUUUUGGAAAGUGGAGUAUAUGGCGGAAUUACCAGAUUCUAACGGCAUUUCUACUAAGGCGCUUAACGUUUUCUUGAAAGAUUCAAUCACUACGUGGGAGAUUCUGGCAGUUAGUUUGUCUCCGAAUAAAGGUAUCUGUGUGGCUGACCCCUUUGAGAUUCAAGUAAUGAAGGAUUUCUUUAUUGACCUGAAACUUCCAUAUUCUGUGGUCAGAAAUGAGCAGGUGGAGAUCCGGGCUAUUCUAUUUAACUACGCAGAUAGGAACAUUAAGGUACGAGUGGAACUCACUUACAAUCCACUGUUCUGCAGUUUGUCCACAGUCAAAAAGAAGUUCCGUCAGGAGAUAAACAUUAGAUCUCAGUCUUCAGUGGCUGUACCUAUCAUUAUUGUGCCUCUUGAGCUAGGUCUGCAUGAUAUAGAAGUGAAGGCAGCUGUUUCUGGAACAUUUGUGUCAGAUGGUAUCCGAAAGAAGCUGAAAGUUGUGCCAGAAGGAAUGCGUUUGACACACACUGUGAAGUCUGUGACUCUUGAACCAGAAGUAAAAGGAAAAGAUGGGGUGCAAGAAGAAAACGUUCCACCACUUGACUCCAACAACAUUGUUCCCCGGUCAGAUAUUGACACAAUUAUCACUAUUCAAGGGACCCCAAUUAGUAGAUUGGUGGAAGAUGCCAUUGAUGGCUCUAAUCUGAAUCACCUGAUUGUGGUACCACAAGGCUGUGGAGAGCAGAACAUGAUCACUAUGACACCCAGUGUAAUAGCAACUCAUUACCUGGACAGCACUGGGCAGUGGGAGCGAAUAGGAGUAAACCGUAGAGAAGAAGCUCUUAAUAAUAUCAAGACCGGUUAUAUCCGACAAAUGGUUUAUCGUAAAACAGACAACUCUUAUGCAGCCUUUCAGUCAACACCAUCCAGCACAUGGCUUACUGCAUAUGUUGCUAAGGUGUUUGCAAUGGCUCAGCCCCUGAUGGACAUUGACAGCGCUGUGUUGUGUGGCGCCAUCAAGUGGCUUAUACUGGAGAAACAGAAGCCAGAUGGGCUUUUUGCAGAAGAGGCACCUGUUAUACAUCAAGAGAUGAUGGGUGGAAUCCGUAACUCUAAAGAACCUGAUGCUGCCCUUACAGCUUUUGUGCUCAUUGCUAUGCUAGAAAGUCAAAAAACUUGCUCUGGACAUUUCAAUAAUCUUUUAAGCAGCAUUGACAGGGCAUCAAACUUCCUCCUGGGCCAGUACUCAUCCCUCAGCAAGCCAUAUUCCAUCGCUAUAACCUCAUAUGCACUUGCUAUGGCUGGGAAACUGCAGGACACUAAUUUACUGAUGUCGGUGGCUAAAGAUAACACUCAUUGGCCUGAGGACUCCCGAUUUAUCUCACUGGAGGCGACAUCUUACGCCCUCCUUGCCCUCCUGCGCAUGAAGCAAUAUGAGGCGACAGGUCCCAUUGUGCGCUGGCUCACUGAGUCCCGAUUUUAUGGAGAUGUUUGGGGAUCCACCCAAGCUACCAUUGUGAUGUUCCAAGCACUGGCCCAGUAUCAGAUAGAUAUCCCAAGUACUAAUGAGAUAGACAUGGAUGUCUCCCUCCACCUUCCUGAGAGACAGCAGCCUGUAGCAUACCGUAUCAAUCUUGCAAAUGCCAUGUUGGCACGUUCUGCUGAGACUAAAGCAAAUAAAGGCUUUGUGGUGAAGGCGAAAGGAAAAGGACAAGGCAUUUUGACGGUGACCACUGUGUAUCAUGCACUUAUGACAGAGAAGGAAAGAAAGUGUAAUAACUUUGAGCUUACUGUGGAAGUGAAAGAAGAAAUUAAUGAUCGUAGGGCACCAGAAGGCACAAAAUCAACAGUGUCUAUUACAGUUUGCUUCAAGCACCUUAAACCGGUUGAUGCGACCAUGUCUAUCAUUGAUAUAACCAUGAUGACUGGUUUCUCUCCUGAUGUUGAGGAACUUAAAAAGCUGACAAAUGGUGUGGACAAAUACAUUUCCAAAUUUGAGAUCAACAAAGGAGCAUCAGAGAAGGGCACCUUAAUUAUCUACUUAGAUAAGAUUUCUCAUACAGAGACCGAAUGUCUGAAGGUUUAUGCUCACCAGUUUUUUCCAGUGGGUCUUAUCCAGCCUGCAGCUGUCACAGUGUAUGACUAUUACAGUCCAGAAAACCGAUGCACUACAUUUUAUCACGUGGAGAAAGGCAGCUCGCUUCUGGGCAAGAUAUGCAAGGAUGAUGUGUGCAGAUGUGCAGAAGAGAACUGUUUCAUGCAGCAACAGAUAGACGAUGACAUCACUGCAGAACUGCGAUUAGAAAAUGCGUGCCAACCUGGUGUGGAUUAUGUAUACAAAGCUACAGUCACUGUGAUAGACCUCAGGGAUGACUAUGAUACAUAUGUAAUGAAGAUUGAGGACGUUAUUAAAGAAGGUACUGAUGAGAACCCUCGGGGUAAUACACGUAAUUUUAUAAGUCAUGCAAAAUGCCGGAAGUCCUUGAAAUUGGAGGUUGGUCAAAGUUAUUUGAUAUGGGGCACAACCACAGAUCUUUGGGUACAGCCAUCUAGCUACUCCUACAUCAUUGGUAAAGAGACAUGGAUUGAGCGGUGGCCAAAUGAGAAAGAAUGUCAGACUGCUGAGUACCAACAGGCUUGUGAGGACAUUACAGUUGUAGCUGAAAACCUAGAGCUUGGGGGCUGUCCUAACUGA